AUGGGCUCCCCGGCACGCAUCCUCUUGGAUGCCAAGAACCCUAGUCAAUACUCUGUGGAUGAGGUCAUAAAAUUUUUCUGGCCGGAUGGAGAAGACCCAUCGUGGGCCUAUGGUCUCCAUCCUCCUGAUCCUGCUUUGCUGGGACCUGCUUUUCGCGCAAACGAUAUCACUGGCAAUGUGCUUCUUAGCUGUGUUACAAAUGAAGUUCUUCAGGAUGCUCUGGGCGUGAGCUCUUUUGCUCAACGUGCAUACAUGUUAAUAGGCAUCAACAUCCUGCGAGUUCGCUCGGCCACUUUUCCUCCAACCGCUGCCCCAGAGCAGAGCAGUCGAACUGAGCCCACCAGUAUUACCAUGGCAAGCACCCCUCUUGGCUCUAUGCAAUUCACAGUUUUUGGGUUGAGAGCCCAAUCUGAGCCGUUGCAUGCCAUCAUUCCAAACACCCCUGCCGCUGGGACCACACUACUUGCUACGACCAAAAAGCAACCCAGACGUGUCACCAACAUCAUUACAACACCUCUCCUUCCAAAACUCACAGCACCUGCAGCACCUGCAGUUAAUUCUUCGUCAGCUUCCCGAUCAUCCCUGCCCCCGACAGACGAUGAUGGGAAACCUCUUCACCCAGGGUGGGAGCGCUUCAAAGCGAACAUUGUCAAAAAUAACCCAGAGAACACGACAGGAAAUGAAGAUGAUGUUUUGCCGCCAUAUGGGGAAUCGGAAUACGACACCGAAGAUCAGAUGGAGAUUGAAGCUUUGCCCGAGAAGCCCAAGAAGAAGGACAUCCCUACCGAGUCUACGCCACCAGUCGACCUGACGGAAUUUAAUUCUAUUGUGGAUAAGUUGAUUUCAGACAAAAGGCUGGAAUGGAUACGUGUAAUGUCAAAGGAUAUGUGGGAAACCAUGGGACGCUGCGAGCUAAGCGAUACCGCUAUCAGUGACAGAGCCUUGAAUGACAUUGUCAGGUUCGAAAAACGCCUCUCGGAUCUGCGCGAUGCAAUUUACGGACACAGGUACACAUCUGGCCUUUUGAUUAUCAAAGCUUGCGAGAGUCUGGAUGAAACCCUGUCGGACCUCUUUUUUCGUGAGUGGCAACUGGCUGUGCUGGGCAAGCUGGAGCCCUCCCCGGAGGAUAUCCAACAGGAUGGGAGCGAACCACACGGCAUGAAUACCUUCGCUACCUCGGGUCCCCCCCGUCCGUCCGAUCCCUCUAGUACAUCCAAUUGUUACGACUCUGAAGACCCCGGAGAACCUUCUGGUGCCGAAAGCCCCUCUGAUGCUUGCAAUUCCGAAGACAGCGACAUUCGUCCAUCAGAUGAACCGGCUGCCAAGAAGCCGCGUCUGGAAUCAGACAUUCUUGAUCAAAGUCUACCCGAAACCAGUCUCAUGUCUGGACUACCUACAGGUGCUACUCGGGAAGUAAUUGACCUUACUGGGGACAGCCCCGAGCCGGAGCAUAAGCCAGUUGACAUGGAUACGCCGAUUUUGCCACGGCAGACCAAACGUGCAAUAUGGAUACAACAAAAGAGGCUGGAGAAAAAGGCCGCCAAAACCCAUGCGGCUCAAAUCAAAUCCUGCGACAGCCCCGAGCCGGAGCAGAAGUCAUUUGACAUGGAUGUGCCGAUUCCGUCACAGGAGACCAAAUGUGCAGAAUGGAAGCGACUACAGGCCGAAAAGAAGUCGGAGAGGAAGGCCGCCAAAAUCCACGCGGCUCAAAUCAAAUCCUGCGACGGCCCUGAGCCGAAGCCGGAGACGAAAAUAGAAGACAAGACCGCAAUUGAUCACGAAAGGAAGCUAUGUCGAGCAGUGAGGCCCAAAAUUGCAAGAUGGAGGCAAUACACGGCUAAAAGAAGGUGGGAAGUAAAGGCUGGAAAAACCCUUGCUGCUCAAAUGAAGUCCUGUGAUGAUGAUGAGGAAAGAGGAAAACGGGAACGGGGGGUGACCCCGGAAGACAUUGAGCUGGAAAGACUGAGGAUUGCUAGCUCAGUCAUAUAUUCUGUGCCAAUGCCUCCUUCCUUUCCUAUGAGCCCGCGUCCUUUGGCCUCCGAACCAUCUGAGUCCCCUUCAGUCCAUCCACGAUCCAUCUCUCCUAUGUCCGAGGAGGGCAUGGCAAUGUACCAGUAA